GAUAUGGAGUGCUUAAUCUGCCUGCGCGAGUGGUUCGUUCGAUCCCGGAGCCUCAGGCAAUCAUGGAUGAAGUAAUGCAAUUUGUUGAGCCCAACCGUCAAUUUGUAAAAGAUUCCAUCAGGCUUGUUAAAAGAUGCACUAAGCCAGACAGAAAAGAAUUCCAGAAGAUUGCCAUGGCAACAGCAAUAGGUUUUGCGAUAAUGGGAUUUAUUGGUUUCUUUGUGAAGUUGAUCCAUAUCCCUAUCAACAACAUCAUUGUUGGUGGCUGAACACUCAUCAAGAUCUGUUACCUGAAGUUUGGAGUGAUGGACAAUGGGUGUGGGGGGCUUUUUUGCUUACGAAUAUUCCAUAAGUCUGUAUCUUGUUUGUUUACUGCUAUAAACCAGGCU